CCGUCCGCCGCCGCCGCCGCCGCCGCCGCCUCUGCGCCGCGCUCCGCCCGGAUGGCCAGGGCUGUGCCGGAGAAUGGCGGAGCGAGAGAGCGGCGGCCUGCGCGGGGGGGCCGCGUCCCCGCCAGCCGCCUCCCCGUUCCUGGGGCUGCACAUCGCGUCGCCGCCCAAUUUCAGGCUCACCCAUGACAUCAGCUUGGAGGAGUUUGAAGAUGAAGACCUCUCAGAGAUCACCGAGGAGUGUGGCAUCAGCCUGCAGUGCAAAGACACUCUGUCCUUGCGGCCCCCGCGCGCCGGGCUGCUGUCUGGGGGCGGCGGCGGCGCGGGGAGCCGACUGCAGGCCGAGAUGCUGCAGAUGGACCUGAUCGACGCGGCGGGGGACACUCCCGGCGCCGAGGACGACGACGACGACGAGGAGGAGCGCGCAGCGCGGCGGCCGGGAGCGGGGCCGCCGGAGGCCGAGCCCCGCCAGGAGCCCGCGCCCCGCGGCCAGGGACAGGGCCAGGGCGGCGGGGACACGUACCGGCCCAAGCGGCCCACCACGCUCAACCUCUUCCCGCAGGUGCCGAGGUCUCAGGACACACUGAAUAAUAAUUCUCUGGGCAAGAAGCACAGUUGGCAGGAUCGGGUGUCUCGGUCAUCCUCACCCCUGAAGACCGGGGAGCAGACGCCUCCACAUGAGCACAUCUGCCUGAGCGAUGAGCUGCCGCCCCCGAGCAGCCCCGCCACCACCAAGGACCGAGGCACCUCCACUGACAGCCCCUGCCACCGCAGCACUGCCCCGCAGAUGGCCCCUCCCGGCGCCCCCCCCGCCGCCCCCCCAAGCAGCCGGGGCCACGCGCACCGAGACCGCAUCCACUACCAGGCGGACGUGCGGCUAGAGGCCACCGAGGAGAUCUACCUGACACCAGUGCAGAGGCCGCCGGACCCUGCAGAGCCCACGUCUGCCUUCCUGCCGCCGGCCGAGAGCCGGAUGUCGGUCAGCUCCGAUCCAGACCCUGCGGCCUACCCCUCCGCGGCGGGCCGGCCGCACCCCUCCAUCAGUGAGGAGGACGAGGGCUUCGACUGCUUGUUGUCCCCCGAGCGGGCCGAGCCGCCGGGCGGAGGGUGGCGGGGGAGCCUCGGGGAGCCGCCGCCGCCUCCACGGGCCUCGCUGAGCUCGGACACCAGCGCCCUGUCCUACGACUCGGUCAAGUACACGCUGGUGGUGGAUGAGCACGCACAGCUGGAGCUGGUGAGCCUGCGGCCGUGCUUCGGAGACUACAGCGAUGAGAGCGACUCAGCCACCGUCUAUGACAACUGCGCGUCUGUCUCCUCGCCCUACGAGUCGGCCAUCGGGGAGGAGUACGAGGAGGCCCCCCGGCCGCGGCCCCCCGCCUGCCUCUCUGAGGACUCCACGCCGGACGAGCCCGACGUCCACUUCUCCAAGAAGUUCCUGAACGUCUUCAUGAGCGGCCGCUCUCGCUCCUCCAGUGCAGAGUCCUUCGGGCUCUUCUCCUGUGUCAUCAACGGCGAGGAGCGGGAGCAGACACACCGGGCCAUAUUCAGGUUUGUGCCUCGACAUGAAGAUGAGCUGGAGCUCGAGGUGGACGACCCUCUGCUGGUGGAGCUGCAGGCCGAGGACUACUGGUACGAGGCCUACAACAUGCGCACGGGCGCCCGGGGGGUCUUCCCCGCCUACUAUGCCAUCGAGGUCACCAAGGAGCCGGAACAUAUGGCAGCCCUGACCAAAACCAGCGACUGGGUGGACCAGUUCCGGGUGAAGUUCCUGGGCUCCGUCCAGGUUCCCUACCACAAGGGCAACGACGUGCUCUGUGCUGCUAUGCAAAAGAUUGCCACCACCCGCCGGCUCACCGUGCACUUUAACCCGCCAUCCAGCUGCGUCCUAGAGAUCAGCGUGCGGGGCGUGAAGAUUGGCGUCAAGGCUGAUGAUUCCCAAGAGGCCAAGGGGAAUAAAUGUAGCCACUUUUUCCAGUUAAAAAACAUCUCUUUCUGUGGAUACCAUCCGAAGAACAAUAAGUACUUUGGGUUCAUCACCAAGCACCCCGCUGACCACCGGUUUGCCUGCCACGUCUUUGUGUCCGAGGAAUCCACCAAAGCCCUGGCAGAGUCCGUGGGGAGAGCAUUCCAGCAGUUCUACAAGCAGUUCGUGGAAUACACGUGCCCCACGGAAGACAUCUACUUGGAGUAGCUGCGCCGCCCCGCCUUCUCCAUCCCCGGGCCCGCAGGCCGCACAGGGACAACCUGGCUGCUGACGGGAUGCGGCGCUGCUUGAGGAGGGCCGCCCGUCACCACCCGAGGACGGGGAAGUGGGGGCCUUUGGCCGAGGGUGGGGGAGGGCGGGGUUUCUGGGGAGAGGCAAAUGCAGUUUAUUGUAAUAUAUGGGACUAGAUGCAUCUAUGGAGGACAGAGCAGGCUGCCCGGGGCCUGGGAGGCAGCGGGGCUGGGGGGGCAGGCCUCUGGCCAGGAAGGAUGUCCGUCGUAGGAGCCGAGGGCUUGGCCCCAUCCUGGGCGUCGCUUCCCCUGCCAGGGCCUCUGGCUCUCUCUCCAAGCCGAUGCCACCUGCCAGUGCCCACCCGCCCCCCCAUCCCCAGCGCCCGGCCGAGCCCAGCCACCUCCCAAGGACUUCACAGCAGGUGGGGGUGCAGUCCCUGUUCCCCUCUGUCACUUGUGUGGGCUCUGGGUGGCUGGCACGCUGGCCCCCGGCACGUGUGGGGCCUCACCAGGGAAGAAGAGCGCUGCGGCAGGGCCCCCGGCCCGGCAGGAAAAGGAGGCUUCUGGACGGGCCCGGGCCAGCCAGGGCCUCUUGGCUGCUUCGGCUGUAGCCCCAGCUUGGUCCAUACCCCCUGGCCCCUACUAUUAAAGUGCCAUUUCCUGUCUGGA